AUGUACGAGGCUGUAAUCCGCAACGCAUUUAUCAGGUUGACUCACAAGCCCUCAUUGCGCCGAUACAGACCUGACAACGAGUUUUCAAGGUUUUUCACGAAGGUCAAGUUUGUUUUGCCCAGCCUAGACGACGAGCAGGCCUUAGUGUCUCUGAAUAACCAAAGAAAUGCACCGACAUCUGGAGAUCCAGAUCUGCGCACUUCACUAAAGGCCGCUGAGCCGCCCCACUUAUCCACUUCAAGCGCCAGUGAAGCUAAACCAGGAACAGGGGACGAGAAGCAUGACAAUGCAUCUCCCCCCGCACAAAAGGAUAUUUCAAAAGCAAAUAUGAUCCAGCUGGACCCUACGGAUCAUCCUAUAUUUCGCUUCAAAAAUGUUUCUUACGACGUAUUUCAGACCGCCUGUACAAAGUCUGGGGGAGAUAUUACUUCCCAUUCUUUUUUAACAUGGCUGUUGGACCAUUCCGGCACGUCAGCGUUGCAGGUUAUGGAGUACAUCGAGCACUACCCCUACAGAAUCCCCAAGGAGGAUCUUUUCGACCAAGAUAGUGAUGUUAUAUUCUUGCUGUGCCAUCCGACCGGAAGAGAAAACAAAGGAUCUGCUUGCAGUGGCUGCAUAAUGGACCGCUAUCUGGGGCACUUAUUGGCGAAAUCGGAAGCAGCAGUUUCCAACGCAUGCCAGCUCAUCCUGUCAGGUGACGCCAGAAGGCUCUCAGCAGUUGCCCAAUCUUAUUCGUUUCCCUUGGAAAAGCUCAACAGGGCAGUAUGCAGGCUCAAAGUAAUACUGCUGAUGCUAGGAAAGCUAAGGGAAAAGAGUGUACAAAAUGAAAAGAAAGAUGAACCUGAUACUCGCGAUCUCUUCAAACGGUAA